CAUUUGGUGUCAGUGGAAGAUAGAAAACGCAUCAGUUACAUGUAGUUUUGGGGGACUAUUAAACAAUCAGCCUGAUCAUAGCUGAUAAUGAAGACGAGUGGAGGACUCGGUGUAUUGAGAGGAAGGUUGUGAUGAGGUUCAGGUGCAGCUUCUCUCUCACACACAUAGAAACGCUCCGGACUGGACAUCCGCAUCUCUGACAGCAGCUCUUCCAAAGGCUCGUUUGACAUCUUUUCCAUAAGGAACACCAAGCCUGCAGUGAUGGAACGGGCACACGACAUAAUAGCUGUGAUCUUCCUGCUGUUUCUCAAAUUUCCUCAGUUUGAGAUGGUCACUACUGGGAAAGUCUUAGAGGAGACUUACCGGAAAUGGGUCCAGUAUAAAGAUAACUGUGUCAAAAUGAUAGAAAAUGAGCCGCUGCCUGAAGCAGGCUUGUUCUGUAACAGGACUUUUGACAGAUAUGCCUGCUGGCCUGAUACUCCUGCUGGAAGUAUGGUCAACAUCUCAUGUCCUCUAUACCUGCCCUGGUAUGAUAAAGUGUCUCAGGGUGUUGUACGUAGGCGAUGUGGAUCUGAUGGCCUCUGGGAAAGAGAGCAGAGCGGACAAGUGUGGAGAGACAUGACCCAGUGUGAGGAGGAAAAAGAAGUCAUAUCCCAAGAGUUGUGGUUCAAACAGUUGAUGGUGACCUUCAGGAUGUUGUACACCGUUGGCUAUUCAUUGUCCCUGUCCACCCUUAUAAUGGCUCUUAUCAUUCUUCUAAGCUUCAGGAAGCUGCAUUGCACCAGAAACUACAUUCAUGCUAACCUCUUCCUGUCCUUCAUCCUGCGAGCUGUUGCUGUCAUGGUAAAGGACAAUAUGUUGGAACGCCACUGGGGAAGAGAAAUCAUGAAACAGACGGAUGUGAGUGAGAUGCUCAGUCAUCAGGCUGCUACUGGCUGCAGGAUAGCACAGGUCAUGAUGCAGUACUGCGUCCUGGCCAAUCACUACUGGUUCUUUGGAGAGGCAAUUUAUUUGUACACAGUGCUUAUUGCGUCCGUGUUUAUUGACAACAACAAAUACCUUCCGUACAUCUGUCUCGGCUGGGGAACUCCACUGCUAUUUGUGGUUCCCUGGGUGGUGGUGAAGACACUGAAAGAAAAUAAAGAGUGUUGGGCUGUCAAUGAAAACAUGAACUACUGGUGGAUUAUUCGAUUUCCAGUUCUUUUUGCUUCACUCAUCAACUUUUUGAUUUUCAUGAAGAUCCUGAGGGUCAUAUUUUCCAAAUUACGCGCCAACAACCAGAGUCGAUACCCUGAUUACAAACUUCGGCUCGCCAAGGCCACUCUUACCCUCAUUCCUCUGUUUGGAAUUCAUGAGGUAAUUUUCAUUUUCGCCACAGACGAGCAGACAACAGGCAUUCUGCACUACAUUAAAGUGUUCUUCACCCUGUUCAUCAGUUCAUUCCAGGGCUUUCUGGUGGCUGUACUCUACUGCUAUGCCAAUAAAGAGGUGCAGACAGAGCUGAAGAGGAAGCUCCGCAGCUGGAGAACAGAGACAGAGAUUGUAUGCUGUGGACCAUGACUAGCUAUGCUUGACUCUCGAGCGGACACUUUCUCCAUCGCCUCAGUGCCAGAGCGCAACAGAUCCUCUGUCUCAGCAGCCAGGGCAGCAGCCGAGGGCUCGCCCACUCCUGACAGUUCACAGCUUUUCAGACGUCAAGUUCAACAAACCCCGCCACAACUUGAUGCUUCUUUGCUGCACCCUGGUUCGGCGGCAAACAGGAACACCCUGCAAUGUGGUGAUCAGGAUGUGGCUGGACAGUUGUCUAUGGGAAUGCAGGUGUCCUGCCUCAUUCAUCUUAAAGACCCCAUAGAGCUGCUCCCAAAUGUUGUAAAUACAGAUUCAGACUGAAUGCAAUCUUGCAUCACAUUGAAAAUUCAGUGUGGUUUGUUGUAAAUAUAAAAAAAAUGAUGCAAAUACGUUUUAUGUAAAUUAUAAAAUUUUGUGAAUAGCUGUGAUCGUUGUAGACAUUGCAUAUUGUAAGUAAACAAUACAAACUAAGUUUG